CGCACGCUCGCUCGCAGGCUGGAAGCCCUCCCGCAGCUCGCCAGAGUUGAAGAAGCAGCAAGUGGCAAGCGGUCGCUUCUGUUUUGCUUUUUACGAGCGCGUGAGGGAAGGAAGACAAGAUGAGCGCGCGGUUUUGGCGGCGGCGUGGAGCUCGGACGGACUCGGCUCGCUUUCCGGAGGGCGGCUUCUGCUGCCUGGAAUGAAGCGCGCGUGUCGGCGUGCGUCAGUGGCCACGGCGGUGCUGGUGUGGCUCGGGGCGCUCGUCUACCUUCUGCUGCUCAGCCGCAGGAGGCUGCCCGAGCUCGGCGCGGCUCCCGGCGCCGCCGCUGCAGACGAUGGAGCGGGGCAAAGCAAGCAGAUGUCGGACAGCGAGUGGGACGACAUGCUGGACGGCUUCGACGAGCGCGGCUACCUGAGCGCCCGGCGCUGGCGUCCCGGCGACGACCCCUACACGCUCUACGCUUUCAAUCAACGGGAGAGCGAGCGCGUCCCUAGCAACCGAGCGCUCGGCGACACGCGCCAUCACAGGUGCGGCGCCUUGCGCUACGAUGCCAACCUGCCUCCCACUUCCAUCGUCAUCGCCUUCCACAACGAGGCCCGCUCCACCCUGCUGCGCACCGUCAGGAGUGUGUUAAACAGAACUCCCGUUCAUCUCAUCCAUGAGAUCAUUCUGGUGGACGACUUCAGUGAUGAUGGGGACGACUGUCAACUUCUCACCAAAUUGCCCAAAGUCAAAUGUUUGCACAACAGCAAGAGAGAAGGUCUGAUCCGGUCGAGAGUGGGUGGCGCCGAUGCGGCCAGCGCCAAAGUUCUGGCCUUCCUGGACAGUCACUGCGAGGUCAAUAAGGACUGGCUGCCGCCGCUCCUUCACAGAAUCAAAGAGGACCCCACCCGGGUGGUCAGCCCCGUCAUCGACAUCAUCAACAUGGACACCUUCGCCUACGUGGCCGCCUCGGCUGACCUACGAGGAGGUUUCGAUUGGAGUCUUCAUUUCAAGUGGGAGGGUCUCUCGGCUGAGGAGAGGGAUGCCCGCAGCGACCCCACCCUGCCGAUCAAGACGCCCGUCAUCGCCGGCGGGCUUUUCGUGAUCGACACCUGGUGGUUCACGCACCUGGGCAAGUACGACACGGCCAUGGACAUCUGGGGCGGCGAGAACUUUGAGAUCUCCUUCCGGGUGUGGCAAUGCGGCGGAAGCUUGGAAAUCAUUCCGUGCAGCCGCGUGGGUCACGUGUUCCGGAAGAAACAUCCUUACGUCUUCCCGGAGGGCAGCGCCAACACGUACAUCAAGAACACACGGCGCACGGCCGAGGUUUGGAUGGACGACUUUCGCCUCUUCUACUACUCUGCUCGUCCGGCAGCUCGAGGAAAAUCGUACGGAGACAUCGGAGGCCGUGUGGAGCUGAGACGCAAACUCAAGUGCAAACCCUUCAAGUGGUACCUGGAGCACGUCUACCCGCAACUCAAGGUCCCCGACGACUCGGAUUGGCAGUCCGGCCCGAUCCGACAGCGACAGAACUGCUUGGAGUCUCGCCGCGUGGACGGCCAGGAGACGCCCGUCCUCAUGUUGGCGCCGUGCGUGGACGCCGGACGCACACCCAACCAGGAGUGGAUCUACACUGCGGGCCAGCAGAUCCGCCAGCAGCGCCACGGCCAGGUCGCCGGUGCCGACAAAUGCGUGUCGGUCACCGCCACCUUCCCUGCAUCGCAGAUUCUGCUGCUGCCCUGCCACGUGGAAGACGCCAAGCAGCGCUGGCAAAAGUCGGGCACCCACCUGGAGCACAUGGCGUCUCGCUUCUGCCUGGACUCGGCCAUGGCGCUGGACGGGCUGGACUCGUCUCGAAUGCUGGUCAUCGGUCCGUGCGAGCCGGGCACCUCCACGCAGCGCUGGGACCUCCCCUUUUCCUGACCCCCCCCCCCCCCCCCCCCAACCCCACAUCCGUACCUUGCUCACAUAGCCUGGUCUCGGACCCCCAACCUUUGGGCUAGUAGACGACCUCUGGAGCUGUGACGCUUUGUGGACAAGAGACACCAAGUGCACCUUAAAACUCUUCUACUGUCUAUUUCUCAUUUAUUGGCUGUGACACAUUAGGAAGACUUGCACAAGCUCAUUAAAAUUGUUUUGAAUAUUUUAACUACCUGGGGCAACCAAAACAUUAGACCCCCCCCUAUAAAAAAAAAAAAAAAAAAAAAGGCGGGUCACUGUGUACUGAAAGUUGUCUGGCGUGUGUCGUUUUGCACAAAAGCACACGUCAUCUUGUUGUUGUCUGUUAACAGUGCACAUCUCAUCAUGACACACAAAAUGCCAAGCAAAUCUGUUUUGUUUUCGACGAACGGUGUGAUGUUUCUGCUGGCUCCUUUGUGCUGCAGGAUGAGCGCGCCACCUUGUGGUGGUACCAAAGCUUGAUUGGGACUCACUUGCUGUGCUUACUGUCAUUUGUACCCCUUACGAAAAACACAACUGCGCAUGUUUUGUGGUCGACUUGUAUGACGGCUUAUUUUCGUUUCAAUAAAGUUUUAUAACGACUGA